UGGAUUGAAUGAGGCGGGGCUUAAUAAACAUGUCAUCACAAAUGGCUCCACAAUAACAAGACAGUCGACAACUCCAGCUUUAUGUAUGCUACAAAAUCUCCCACAUAGACAAUGUUGUGCCUGAUAUUUACAAUUGUAAGGUAAACAUCACCUUACCGGUGUAAGUGUGGAUUCAUGGAGUUUCAAUUCGCACCUCCUCCAUCGUGACUCAUUUACAAAGUCAGCUGACUUUGGGUCAAACCCUGAGGAUCUUACAACAGCGAAAAUGAUGGACCGAGCUUUGAACUUCACAUACGACUUAUUCUUCCUGUCAUGAGGAAGCCGGAGCUGGAGAGGACGGGAUGCUGAAGUGAAUACACAAAGAUAUGCACAUUUAGCCGACUGGAAAUUCAUUGUAUUGUUGUAUCAUGUCGGACUCUUCCGAAAACUCGUUACCCGCUCUCAGGCAGUUGAGUUACGCGGUGGGACACUUUCUCAAUGACCUGUGUGCCUCUAUGUGGUUUACAUACCUGCUGGUGUUUUAUCACUCAGUGUUGGGCUUUCAGAACACGAAUGCUGGUGUGUUGUUGCUGGUGGGGCAGAUAGCAGAUGGAGUGUGUACACCGCUAAUCGGCUACGAGUCUGAUAAAACACCCGGCUGUGGCUCUUAUGGAAAGAGAAAGACGUGGCAUUUAGUUGGAACUUUUAGCGUCUUGCUGUCCUUCCCCUUUGUAUUUAACCAGUGCCUGGGCUGUGAUCUGAACACACCACAGUGGGUCAGUCUCACCUACUUCACCCCCUUCAUUGUGAUCUUCCAGUUUGGCUGGGCGGCCACCCAGAUUUCCCAUCUGUCCCUCAUUCCCGAGCUGGUGUCCUGUGAGCAUGAAAAAGUGGAGCUCACUGCAUACAGGUAUGCCUUCACAGUGAUAGCCAACAUCACAGUGUAUGCCGUGGCCUGGCUGAUGUUUCAUUUUCAAGGGGAUGACCCCACUGUUACAGACAACCUCGGCCCUGCUGACAUCACUGUUUUCAGAAAUUUAAGUCUCAUAGUGGUGGGCAUUGGAGCACUGUUCUCGCUGCUGUUUCACCUGGGCACACGGGAGAAGGGAGCACGUACCAGUCAGGAGGAGGAUGGGUCCAGUCCUGGGGAGCGCCAACCUCUUCUCAAGAACUCCACUGUGGCCCCUCCCACCAAUCUGCUGCAAUGGCAACACUGGCUGAGACAGCCAUCAUUCUACCAGGUGGCUGUGCUUUACAUGUCAACCAGACUAAUAGUGAACCUGUCACAGACAUACAUUUCCAUGUACCUCACCUAUACACUACUGCUGCCAAAGAAGUACAUAGCCACUAUUCCCCUUGUUAUGUAUGUGAGUGGCUUUGCUUCCUCAUUUAUCAUGAAGCCUCUUAGCAAACUGACAGGGAAAUGUAUUACCUAUUUUAUGGGACUGCUGCUGAUUCUUGCAUUCUCCUAUUGGGUGCUGCUGGACACACAUAUGGGAGACAAGGUGUAUGGGGCAGCUGUAUUAUUAGGGGUGGGGUCCGCCACCAUCCUAGUGAUGUCACUUGCCAUGACCGCUGAACUCAUAGGAGAUCAGACACAAAGUGGGGCUUUUGUGUAUGGUGCUAUGAGCUUCACUGACAAGGUUGCUAAUGGUCUGGGAGUUAUGAUCAUCCAAGCCCUGCACCCCUGCCGCACGAUAGUAUGCUGUCCAGCCUGCGUAUGGUAUUACCACUAUGCCAUGGUCAUUGUCACUGGUGGAGUGGCCAUUUUAGCAGCUCUUGGCCUCUGCACAAUCCUUAUCUGGCCCAUAAAGAUUGUUCACCUGUCUGAGCGAUGUCGUAAUGGUUCAGUAAACAGCAGUGACUUUAAGGAUCUGCCUGAAGUGACUGGCCUUAUGGGGAGUGAUAGAGAAGACUCUGAGAGCUCUGAGCAGCCUUCAAUCAACUGAACAUUCAAAAGGGAAAAACAGCCAGCCACUACAGAGCUUCAGUUCUUAUGCCAAAACCUUUUGGGUGAUGCUUGUCACAGUGUGAAUUUAAUUCAGGUUUUGGUUUAGAAUGAUCUUUCAUGCAGGCCAGUUUCAGUUUUUCGAGAAGCCCGAAGAGCUGUCAAAUCUUGACAUGUGGGAGAAUUUUGUGUUGUGAAAGUGGUUUUACAGAUGCUGAUGUCUUGUGCACACUCAAAUCCAAAGUUGUGGUAAGUUCAUGUUAGGUGUAUCAUUAGUUAAUAUCUCUCAUUAUUUCUAUUAUGGCUUCUCAUUCCUUAGUUAUCACUUAACCCAGCAGUCUGCACAAAACAGACACUUUAUAAAUGGACUAACUUUAUUAUGCACUGUAUUAUUAUUUCAGAAAAUAUUAUAUAUGAUUCCUAAAUGUAAAAUAUGAACAUUUAGUUCCACAAUUAUUUAAAUCAAAUUUGGAAAAUUAGGGAAAUUAUGUAUCUACCUGCCUUGAAAAGUUGGCAAAAUUUUAAAGUUAUCACUAUUUUAUAAUGCAGUAGGAGUUGCAUCAUGGAGAUGCAUCAUUGCAUGUCAUAAUCAAAAGGAAUCCAUCUUGCUGAUCUAUAAGGGAAUUCAGAAAAAGGGAAGAGCUGACAUUUUAAUCAGGGAUUAAAAGGGAUAGUUGAUCCAAAAAUGAACAUUCUCAUCAUUUAUUCACCCUCAUUCCAUCCCAGAUGUGUGUGACUUUCUUUUUUCUGCUGAACACAAAAAAAAGAUUUUUAGAAGAAUAUCUCAGUUCUGUUGUUCCAUUCAAUGCAAAUGAAUGGUGGUCAGAACUUUGAAGCUCCAAUAAGCACAUAAAGACAGCAUAAAAGUAAUCUAUAUAACUCCAGUGGUCAAAUCCAUGUCUUUUGAAGCUAUAUGAUAAGUGUGGGUUAGAAACAUAAAUAUUUAAGUCAUUUUUUACUAUAAAUCUAUACUUUCACUUCCACAUUCUUUCUUUUGUUUUUUGGCGGUUCACUUCAUGAAUAUCGAGAAUUUAUAGUAAAAAAGUACUUAAUAUUCUGAAGACACAGAUUUAACUACUGGACUCUUAUGGAUUACUUUGAUGCUGCCUUUAUGUGCUUUUUGGUCACCAUUCACUUGCAUUGAAUGGACCGACAGAGCUUCUAAAAAGUCUUUGUGUUCUGCAGAAGAAAGAAAGUCAUACACAUCUGGGAUGGCAUGAGGGUGAGUAAAUAAGGAGAUAAUUUUACUUUUUGGGUGAACUAUCCCUUUAAAGCCAGUGUUACCACCUCUGAUGUAGAUACUUGCUUUAAAUGGGACCAAAGUUCCAGUGGUUGUGCAAUCCUCCUUGUAAAACACUAAGUGGUUUGCAUCAAGAAGCUAUGUUUAAUGCAUAAUUAUUGUUUUCAUAUGUGAGACAAUUAUGUCUGACACGUUUUCUGUUCAUACAAUUUACUGAACAGUAUAUAUGUUCUUUAUGAACAGACAUUUUUGUAUCUUGAGUUGAUACAUUGUAACCUGUCAUUUACAACUUGUUACUAAUUACAAAUGUUGCACUGUCAGUGUAAGUCUACAUCUGGUCACCUGAUCUUGUGUAAUGCUUGUGACUUUAAACACUGAAAAACAGAAGUUAUAAAAGCUGUCAUUCAGAUAUAACUGAGUGCAGUCAAUUGACGUUGAAACUAGAUUAUUUAACAAAAUCAGGAUGUUUUUAAAAGACAGAAGUUGUGUUAUAUUAAUUUUGAAGUCCUUGUUUAUAAUAGCUUUUAAAUAAAACUGUUUUCUGA